CGCCCCGAGGCGCAUUGUGGGAUCUGUCUGCCUGCAGGGUGGUGGAGGACGCUGCGCUUGGUCAUGGGGAUCCAGCCGAGCUCAGCCCUGCUGGCUUCGCUGGGGGUGGGGCUGCUUACUCUGCUCGGCUUGGCUGUGGGCACCUACUUGGUUCGAAGGUCCCGCCGGCCCCAGGUUACUCUCCUGCACCCGGAUGAGAAGUACCUGCUGCGACUGCUGGACAAGACGACCGUGAGCCACAACACCAAGAGGUUCCGCUUUGCCCUGCCCACCGCCCACCACAUUCUGGGGCUGCCUGUGGGCAAACAUGUCUACCUGUCUGCCCGAAUCGAUGGCAGCCUGGUCAUCAGGCCGUACACUCCUGUCACCAGUGAUGAGGACCAAGGCUACGUGGAUCUUGUCAUCAAGGUCUAUCUGAAGGGUGUGCACCCAAAAUUUCCUGAGGGCGGGAAGAUGUCUCAGUACCUGGACAGUCUGAAGAUUGGGGAUGUGGUGGAAUUCCGGGGGCCAAGUGGACUGCUCACUUACACUGGGAAAGGGAAUUUUAACAUUCAGCCCAAUAAGAAAUCGCCACCAGAACCCCGAAAGGCCAAGAAACUGGGAAUGAUCGCUGGAGGGACAGGUAUCACCCCAAUGCUACAGCUGAUCUGGGCUAUCCUGAAAGUACCUGAAGAUCCAACCCAGUGCUUUCUGCUUUUUGCCAACCAGACGGAAAAUGACAUAAUCCUGCGGGAAGACUUAGAGGAGCUGCAGGCCCGGUACCCCAAUCGCUUUAAACUCUGGUUCACUCUGGACCAUCCCCCCAAAGAUUGGGCCUACAGCAAGGGCUUUGUGACUGCUGACAUGAUCCAGGAGCACCUGCCUGCCCCAGGGGAUGAUGUACUGCUGCUGCUCUGUGGGCCACCCCCAAUGAUACAGCUGGCCUGCCAUCCCAACUUGGACAAAUUGGGCUAUUCACAAAAGAUGCGAUUCACCUACUGAUUCACCUACUGAGCACCUCCCAGCUGCCCUGGUCCCAUGUCUGCAACUAUACCCAGUCAGUACUCAAACACUACAAGCCCUAGAUUUUUUUUCCAGAGAAUGUCAGCCCUUGGUAUCUUGCACUGGAACUACAAUGUAGAUGGUACCUGCAGGAACAACAUUCCUGUAGCCAUAGAAAAGGGCCAAGGCUUAGAUAUUCCCAUCAAAGCCCUCAGAUCUCCCUAGGAUGAAAAGUCCAGGUGAGGCCCCUGGAGCAGUCUCAUUCUUAAGGUUGAAAACAAGGAGUCAUGUACAUUUGUUCCAAGACUGGGCUGGUUCCUUGAUAGCAUCACAUUCUCACCUUCUUUAUGUCUGUGAUAAAAGGAACAGAUUAUGCAGAAGGUUUUGCUUAGUCUUCAGUGCUUAAACCAUGGGCAAAUUCUGCUUAUGUGAUUGCAAGUUGAUUUACAAAGGUAGUCUUCUAGAGAAAGUGAAAGGAAGAAAUGGUUUCCUAAAAACUUCAGACCAAGAAGGAGUGUGAAAUAUGUUUUUGUGUCUUUCUCUCUCAGCCCCUGCCCAGGCUAGAGAGAAAGGGCUAUCCAUAAUCUAAGAUUGCUACUUACACAGGAACCUCUGGCUCUUAAAAUAAAUGGGCCUGAGGCCCCAAUGUGAUAUAUGA